AUGGAGGUCAAAGCUAAGGACGAGACACCGCUGCGAUCUACGGAGGAUGAGGACUUGUGCGCGAUGUUCAGGAACCUUCUUUCCGGUGGUCUCACCACGGCGGACGAUCUCAAAGACUUCGGGUUUAGCCGCGAGGAGGUUGAACAGUUCCUGGAGGGCGUCUCCCCACCGUCUUCCUCGCCGUUGGCGUUCAACCCUUCCACAUCAGCGGGAUUUCACCUUUCUCAUUCGCAAUCGUCUUUGCCGCGUGGCGGAUCGGCCUCAGGGAGCCUCGAGGUAAACGACGGCACGGCCUCCACGCGGAAGCGAUCCCCUCCCAACGACGACCCCUCCCUCGUUGCGUUGGCAGCAGGGGAGCUCCAGCCGCCGCCGCCGCCGUUCACUCGGCCGGUGAGCGAAGCCGGGCGCUCCGCCUUCAACCGCGACGUCGCGCAGGCGGAGAUCACCCGGGUGAAACUCCAGCGCUCUUCGGAGAGGCUUCAUCGCGCCUCCCUCUAUUUCCUGCGCGCGCAGGAGAGUAGGGAAAAAGACUCGAGCACCACAUUUCAAAGCACCUGCGGGGCGGGGGAUGCGGGAAACGCGGAUUCGCCUCCCUGCAAGGCCAAUGGCAAGGAGCCUCAAGCGACAGGGAAAGUGGACGACGGCGUACCGGUCUCAGGCGAGAUCCCGAGCGAGCUUCCCCGUGCCGUUCUCACGACCAACGCCAAGGAGCUAUCCGAGGACGGGUUGAAUACGGCCCUACGUGUAACAGGGAGCGAUAUCAUGGUGGGAAAAGAGAUCGCACUGCUCCUCCAACAAAAGGACACUAUGGAAGAAUGUGAUGAAUGCCUAGACGAUUUUUAUGCAAGAAGACAGCAUAUGUGUAAUGAGAAGUUUGCAGGCCAUAGUUGA